CCCUCUGUCAUGUUCCUUCUGGUCACGCCUCCUCUCUCCGGGUAAAGAUGGCGGCGCUCACGAGAGUGUUCUGUGUCACACAGCGGUGCCAGGCAUCAUGGGGUACUGUGUUCUGGAGAUCUCUGUCCACAUCACCUCGGACACAGGCGGAGGGGGUUAAACCAGAGGGUGCAUUUCAUGUCACCAUGAUCCCUGGGGACGGAGUGGGCCCGGAGCUUAUGCACUCUGUGAAGGAAGUGUUCAAGGCAGCUGAGGUCCCGGUGGAGUUUGAUGAGCAUCACCUGAGUGAGGUGCAGAACAUGGCGUCUCCAGAGAAGCUUGAGGAGGUGCUGACAUCCAUGCGUGCAAACAAAGUGGCCAUUAAAGGUGAUUGGAGGGAACUUCCUGCAUGUGUGUGUAUACAGUGGGUAUUGAAAAGAAUCACCACCCUUGAAAAUAAUCAAAUUGUGUUGCUUUGCAGCCAGAAAUAAAAACACACCGUUUUUGUUUA